GAAAUAACCGUCUGAUAUGGGUAAUUUCUUUAAUAAAACUGACAUUUGUUGACAUUCUAGUGGAGCCAGACAUAGUCUCAGUGGACCAACCGACGACAUAGAGAGACUAAAGCUUUUGGUCUAGGUUAUGACAUGCCUAUUUUAAUCAUUUUGGGACCUUUUAGGUUUCAACAACAUUUUACAUAAUUCUGUAUUAAAUAUUUCCCUUUCUUUUUCUUUACUUUUCAACUUGCAGCCUCGGCCAGCCUGUUCAGCUGUGGAGAGUUUUUCUACAAUCCUAUCAAUCAGAAAUGUUGUGGGGGUCGCAUACUGAGAACUCCAGUGGAACUUGAAUUCGAAUUUAGAUGCUGUGGAGAUGAGCUAUAUCGCUUAGAUGGAACAUGGGAAUGCUGCCAAAACACCAAGAUGGACUUAGGAGGAGAUGCAGUCUGCUGCAACAAUGAGAUAACCAACUCUACCACCCAUGAGUGCUGCGGUAAUCCGCGCGCAUCUCCGCACAAGCAUCAAAAACAAUUAGGACAUGAAUGCUGUGGAAAGUCUUACUAUGACACUGACACCCAAACGUGCUGUGGUCAUGACUUCAUCUACGGUAAUUCCCCUCGUGUCGCUGAUGGUCUUGGCUCAUGCUGUGGGUCACAUACAUACGAUGCCUCCUCGGAGAUCUGCUGCCCUCUACCAACAGGAUUGAUGCAGUCCCAUUCAGUCGGACAAUAUGGCGUCAUGCUCCAGGAGACUGAAUGUUGUGGGGAUGGAUGGAUUAAUAAGACGACACACAUAUGCUGCCAGGAUACACCACAACCACGAGGUAAUGGCGCUACCAGUUGCUACGGAAACCAGGCUUAUGACCCGACCAAAGAGGUCAUAUGUGGCACCAGGCUGCAUGACAUUCAUGAUGGGAAGACAGAGUGUUGUGCUGGUGAACUCAUCAAUCCUAAUGUUAAGCCUUGUUGCAACGACCCAGAUCUCCUAGCACAAUCUCCAUUCUCUUGCUGUGGACUCGGGUGGAGCAGAGAAGCCUAUGACCCCACCCAAUCAUCCUGCACCGCGCAAGGCUCUAGGAUUAAGUUCCCUGAACUUAAAGUCAGUGGUCCAACCAAGCUGUGGGAACAGUGUGAUGGUACAACGUACGCUAGUACACUUCAAAUCUGCUGCGGUGGUCAUCUAACACCAAAGUUUCCUGAUUCUCUGUGCUGUGGCUCAGAGUCCUUCAGGUACACAGAUCAAUUUUGUGUUGUUGAUGGAACUCAAAGCAAGGUAGUGGAUAAAAUAACAGCCAAUGCUGAAAUCUGCACCGAACAUGGUCAGGAGAUGGACCUACAGUAUGACCCUGAAACACAGACAUGUUGCAGAGACCCCUUGGAGCUAAGGGAUUGGAGAGUCUUCAAUGGUACCCAGGGAGAAUGCUGCCUGCUAUCAGAGACUCAUGUUAUACUCACCGAUCCAAGUUCACAAACAUGCUGCAAAGCUGGAGAAAUCCAGAAGGUCCAUCCAACCCCUCUAGGCGAAGGAGAAUGUUGCGGCCCAGAGAUGAUUAUCAAAGGCCGACAGCUUUGUGACAGUUCGAUGCAAGAAGUAGUGGAUAUCCCUUUCAACCGUCUAACUCACAAUGAUGUCUGUGUCCCAAAAGAUCGCGAACAUAACCUCAUUCGCCAGACUUAUGACAAUCGCCGAGAGUUUUGUUCUGAUGGUGGUGAGAUCAUUCCCAAAACAGAAGGCAAGGAUCUUUGUGGAGGUCAGAUCUAUGAUACCGACUCCCACAUCUGUUGUGGAUCAUUCAUCUAUAGACUUGUCACUCAUCAGUGCUGCGCCGACGUUGUCCAACCUCUGAUAAACGAUGAUGGGCUCCCUCUAGAGUGCUGUGGGAUACAGGCCUACCAUUCCGGCACAUCCACCUGUAAACGUGGAACUGUAUUGGAUGAUAUACCUCAGGCUAAUGCAAGGUAUUGUGGAGCGGAUGUGUAUGAUAACAGCCAAUAUGACUGCUUGGAUGGUGGAGAGCUAGUACCACAAGAAGCUGGUCCUUAUAUCAGGCUCUGCGGAACGACAAGAAAGGUCUAUGAUAUGAGACAUCAGGAAUGCUGUGAAGAAGAUCUGAUCGGACCUGGACAAACCUGCUGCAAUAGACGCCAGUAUCAAACACCAGGGACACCUUUGAAAGGAGGCAAAUGCUGUGGAGCUACCGGCUACAAUCCCUCCACUCACAGUUGCUGCAUCGGUUCCAUCUCCCCUAUCCAUGGAAUGGUAGAGCCCGCUUGCUGCAUGCUCCAAGCUUACGACCGAUCCGUAUCAAACAUCACCUGCUGCGGUGGCAAACUAAGCCGGAAGGGACAGGAUGAGACGGAAUGCUCUGCAGCCGAUGGAGUGAUACACAGACUGGAUGAGAUUGUGUGCAAUGGUGUAAGACAUCCAGCUGGCGAAAAACAAUGCUGUGGAUCUGACCUCUAUGACCCUACAACACAAAUGUGUUGCAAUGGAUUCAGAUAUGAAGCAGAGGAAGACAGUGUAUGCUGUGGGAACAAGCCAUACCAAAAUACAAGUGAUGGAAGUCACUUGUGUUGUGGCGGAACUCUCCAUACACAGGCAGGAGGUAAGGAGUGUUGUAACCGUGCUGCCUUUUACCCAUCAACUCAUCAGUGCUUCACAACAGGCAGUCAGAAUAUCAUCAUCAAGCUCUUAGACGACACACCAUCCGCUACAGAUGCCUUCUGCACUGAGGGGUCGUACAACCCGACCAACCAGACCUGCUGCGACGGCCUCCUCUACAAUGGCCUCAGAGAAUGCUGUGGAAAUCAGGUGAUAGAGAUGCCCGAUCUGGACAUGUGCUGCAAUGGUGAGAUCCAUUGGAGGAUAUAUGGUAAUCAGUCUCAGUGCUGCCCAUCAGGUCAGAUCAUGCACCAAUCAACAGGAUGCGACGCACGCCAACUUGACCAUGGCCAUCAGCUUUGCAAUGACACCGAGUACCUUCCUCUGAUCCAGGGAUGCUGUGCUGGUGAUGUCUAUUAUUUGGAUGACGCUCAGUGUAGAGAUGAUAAGGUCUUCCUGCUGUGUGGGGAUCGGUUCUACUCCCAAGAUGAACAGACCUGUUGCAAUGGCACCUUGGAUGAUAUCCCCAAUGGACAGUGCUGUGAGAACACAGCAUUCGAUCCAACCUCUAAGAUCUGUUGCCAAGGGGGUCUGCGUCGCAUAGUCAGAGGAAGAGACCAGUGCUGUGGGGAGCUAUCCUUUGACGUCACGAGAGAGAUGUGCUGUGAGUCAGGACCUGUUCGAAUGCCUCGUAUCACCCCAAGGGUUCAGAGCAAGAUGAACAGGGGCAUCUGCUGUGGAGAAGGGUUUCAACCCAACUUCCAAACAAGACACUGUGAAGCUGUUCCAUUGGUCUGUAUGGGUCUUGAGCAUGGCACCCUAUGGCAGGAAGCAUCGGAUGACUGCAGUAAAGACUUCACCUUCCAAUUCAAUGCUCAACGCAUCGACACCAACGACACCUACACCGUCAUCAAGCUUGAUGUCUAUCACCCUCUCCUGGCCCACAACAGUAAUGUUGAGAUAGACACCCUGAUCCUACCAGCUGAUGUCGAGUGUAGGAAGCUGAUUGUCGGUGAAACCUAUAUAGCCCUCUCAUCGGGAGAUAUAGAGGGUAGUUCUCUAUCUCUAACAAAUCAAGAUUUCUUAGGGCAGUAUUCCAGAAAAAUAGCUAGCAGGCUAUUACGCAGGAGCUGUCUCUAAAUUUACCAUAUAGUAUUCCGUGUAUACUCACUAAGUAAACUGUAACAGUUGAAAAUAUUGUGUACUUGUUUAAAUCAAUUUCAUAUUCUUAUUGAUGUAGCUCUUUUGGAGCCCAAAAAACAUACUGAAAGAAAAGAAAAGGAAAAAAAAAGGAAAGGGGGAAAAAGGGAUUGCCUUUUUUCUAUUGGAUAGGUAAUGGAAGCAUGAAUUUCAUAAACUUGUGUGGAUGAGAGAAAUUUGUAAUGAAUAAGGAUAUUUAUUGUUUUGCUUGAAUUAUUUUAUUUGCGCAUUGAAAUAAGAAAAAGAGUAUAAUAUUUAUGCCCUUUUUUCUUAUUUCAAUGAAAGUGGUAUGCCUCUAGGAGGUUUCUGUACAUAGUGAUUGUAAUAUAUUUAUUUCAAUGCUUCAUGCAAAUAUUUGAAUGUGAAUGAAAUGUUGCUUGUAGCUUUUGCAAUAUUUCCCAGUAGAAUUUUUUCCUGUAAACCUAUUGACCAGCUGCAAAGAAUCAAUUUAAAGUUUAGGUGUUCAGACAUAGUUAUGUAUCCCAUUGGUUGGCAAGUAAAAGAAGGUUGUAAAAGAUUUCAGCUACAAGGUCCUUAGAAACGUGCAAAUAUCAUGAAUCUAUUGUAAGAUUGCAGUUGCAGAAUACGAUAACUAUUAAUUUCACCAAUUUCCAUAUUAUAUAAAAGGUUCAUGCAUCUGUGAUGCUUGUUAUUGUAUAUUUUGCCGAUAUUUCUAUUUUGUAUAUUUUUGUUAUUUUUCAUUAUUCACAAUAUUUGAACCUGUGACUUUCAUUGUAUUGAUAUUUAAUGGAUUUAAAAACGAAAGACAAAUAUAAUUGAUUCUUAAAGAAUUGUAACCAAAUAUUCAAUGAUAUAGCGAGUCAGAAUUGUUGAAAGCUAGAAGUUAUUUCAAAUUUUUAUUUUGAUGGUGUUAUAUUGUAUAAUAUUUUGGUUGUCUUCUCUAAGAAACAAACAAAGUAAUUCAACAUAAGACAUUAAAAAACAGGUUUCUUAAAUUCUCUUUAGGUUCAAAUUUUGAAAGCAUGUCAGUAUUGUGUCUAGGAAUAUUCUUGUACAAACUUCAACGAGAUAGCAAGUAAAUGUAUGUUACAAGAGUUCUGAAUCAAUAAUUCAAUGAAAUUGCACAAUAAUGAAUGAAAUAAAGCUCAAAACAAGAGUGAAUGUCAAUAUUGCUUGGUCACUGCAGAAUACAAGUACUAUUGAAAAAUCAGUGAUAAAAGCAUUUUGAACCUCUAUAUUUCUUUGAAUAUUUUUCUAAUUAUUUUGAUAAAUGCCUGUGUGUGAAGUAUUGCAGUACCUUUUUUGCACUAUAAUAUUAAUCCUUUUCAAGCCCUCAUAUUGAAAGUGAGAAAAAAUUUCUAGGGGAAAUAGAACAGCUAUUAGAAGCAGAUUUAUGAAUGCUUUAAGAUGUAUGUAAUACAUGUGUGAAGUUCAUAUAAGUAUUCUAUACAUGAGGUACAUUGUAUCUAAGUAGAAACUUCUACAAAAGAAAAAAGUCACUUGCUAGGGAUAUAUCAAGAUUAGACCGUUUAAAAACUCAACUGUUCUUGAUUCUAAAUGAUAUAAGGGUAUUAAUGUAGCUAUCAAAUGUUUAAUAGACAGUUUUGAAUUGGAGUAUGUGUUACAUGUAGAUCUUACUGUAAAGGUCGAAUAGUCACGGCACAGUAACUUACUGGAUUAACUUCAUCAUUAAUGCUCAGUAUAAAAAUCCUUGCCAAUCUCCUAUUAAAAUGUAUCUCUGGUUGUUUUCCUUUGUUUAAAUGAAUUUCAAAAGUUUUCCUACAUUUUUAUUUUGAAGAUAACUUCUUUCCCCAUAUGUGUACUUAAGAUAUUGCCUAACCCUGUUAUCACCUUUGAUUCUGUGUAUUCAAAGUUUUAAUGCUCAAUAUCGGAAAGUUAUUUUUCCUGAAAUGUAUUUGAAUCUUAAAUUAUUAUUAUUGUACCUUGUAACUUAAUAAAUAAAUUGAAAACAAAAUGAAGCAUUGGAAGUUGCCAUUCAAUGUAGCAUAAUCAGAUACAAGUGCUUUUGUUUUGAGAGUCGGUGAUU